CGUGCUUUCCCAGUCGGAUAACCCGCGAUGGGGCCCGAGUCUUUGCAACAGCCCCAGUCACAUAAAGCAAAAAUAUGCAUGUGGAAGGACAUAGAUGUUCACUCCAUGGAUCUCAUCAACAAGGCAGAAACUACUGAUGCUUUGAAAAGCCUUCUUUCUGAGCUCUUCCAUCUGCAGGAUUUUGACUCAAACCCACGCUCUGCUAUCUUAUUGGACCUCUACUUUUACACCAUCCAAUUCAGCCGGGAGCAGGGGUUCAACCGGGAACAAACCUCAGCCUUCUUCUCCAUCGUGAAGGAUGUCCACGAGGCCUGUGUGGAAACACCCCUGCCCAAUGUGGAGGAAUGCUACAGCUAUUUCACGGAACUUGUUUUCUGCCACUCCAUCCGGAGACCUCCCUUCAGUAUCAAUCUUUUUAAUCAAGACCAGCUGGUGCUCAUAACUGACUACAUGAUCAACACUUACUUCCGACACUACAAGCUUUACAAAUAUGCUUUCACUCCACAGGUGCGUUUGGACCUAUCACUCACCUAUAUUGGGAUGCCUGAACCACAGCCCAAAGAUGAAGAAGCAGCUGAGAGCACAGAAGCAACUUUGUCACCUUUACAGGAAGAAAUGGAAGAGUCGGUUGUUGCACCUGAAGAAAGUCCCACGGCAGCACUGCGGGAAUUCAUCUCUGCCCAGCUCAACCAGGAGCUGGCCCAGCUGCGUGUCUCAGUAGAGCAGCGUUUAAAGGCAACAGAGGAUCAAUUUAAUGCCAAGCUGGUUCAGCUGGAAAAGGCUUUUGGUGCUGGCAAGGGCAGUUCAAAGGGGAAGAAAAAGUGAACAGGCAGGCCUGGAGAUGGGACUAGGAGAGUAACUGUUUUAGGUUAUAAUCUUGCUGCCUCCUUGUCUUCGAAGCACCUGAGGAGAGACUAUAUAGGUCUAGCAAUCACAUCUGUCAUGCCCCAGAUGGCGGGGAGUGCAUGCAGCUGUUGCGACAAAUACUGUUAAAACCAUAUUCCCCAAUGGGGUGCCCUCCAAAAGUGUUGGACCGCAACUCCCAUGAUUCACCGCUAGCACUUGCAGGUUGAGGAAGGCAGCUUUUAAAAGCAGGCAGCAGAUGAUAAACAGACUUUUCAAAGCAUGAUGUGGUUUACAAAAAAUCUCUACAGAGAGAUCUGUGUACCAAGAAGAAGCAGAAAGGUUCCCUGCAAGAUGGGAUAUUAAGGCAUUAAAGAACUUUCUGAACAAU